GUCGAUCGGUUUCCAGUAGAGUCUUUUGUGGUAUUUUCCUUCCACAUUUUCUUCCAAAGUAGGUGGUCGUGGGAUUGAACGAGCCUCGAUAAACCACCUAAACAGGGGAUCAGGAGACGGGAAGGAUGGCUUCAUCAAGUAAUCGUUACGGCUCGUACCUCCACCAACGCGAUGCUCGAGCGCAACUCUUCGGCGACCCGAAUGGCGGUAGCGGCGCGCCCCCCAGAGGAACGGCACAGUACCGACCUGCAACGCCCAACUCGAGAGGCCAAUACAGUGCCUCUGUAAUGGAAGAGCUAGAGUCACAGAAUGACGCACAGGUCGAGGGGUUGAGCGCUAAGGUCAAGAUGUUGAAGGAGAUUACCGAGGCUAUCGGCGACGAGGUCAGGUCUUCUUCUACGCUUAUGGCGAGCAUGAAUGAUUCUUUUGAUAAUACGCGGAUACGACUUAGGGGGACAAUGAACAAUAUGCUGCGCAUGGCGAAGAGGGCUGGGGUGGGUUGGAAGGCGUGGGUACUGUUCUUGAUGGCGAUUGGGGAAAUUUUUGGGUAUUUUGGGCUUUUUAAGAGGGGGACCGGGUUCCUGGGGAAAGGGGGAAUUUUACAAAAGGGGUGUGUGCCGGGGGGGGGGGGGGGGUUCUGGUGCGUAUUACGGUGCUUUCGAGGUGCGGAUUGGGAUGGGGGAAUGGUUAAAAGGGCUAUCUCUUUGGGUUGGGUAACGGCAUAUAUUUUACUCGCCGGUGGUCUUGCAGAAAAUGGGAUAUAAUACAUAGAGUAGAGAAUGCUUUGAAAGCAGAAAGGGAAAAAAAAAA